GGAGCGAAUCUUUUCUUUGAUUAUAGAUAAUAAUAAAAAGAGAAAAGAAAUUGGCAGACUGAAAUAAUCGUUGAUCUGGAUGGUAUGGGCGUGCCGAUCCUGCUCCUCUACUGAAUGACACGUGGUAAAAUUUCCAUGGACGGACAUGGCGCGCAUCUCAGAAUGAGGCCAAUGCGUCGUGAUACGCUCCUGCAGACACACCGGCCGACACGUCAGCAGUCUAACCAGAUCCAGGCACAUCAGCAGCAGACACCUCAGCAAUGGAUCCAGAUCCCGACACAUCAGGAGACACCUCAGCAAUGGAUCCAGAUCCCGACACAUCAGGAGACACCUCAGCAAUGGAUCCCGAUACCGACACAUCAGCAAUGGAUCCGGAUCCCGACACAUCAGCAGAUACGUCAGCCGUGGUCUGGCCUACGUCUCUGGGCAAACGCCGCUUACGUGGCCGUCAGCAUGCGACGUGGCGCAGAAAUGGCCGCCGGCGCUCGAUACACAACAGAUGAAUCUAUCCCGACGGAUGUUGRUGCGGAUGACGAUGGCAGACCCGGUGGGAUGUGCGSACGUAUGGGCAGCAACCCACGUGGCACAGAUCUUGGUGCAUGCGCACGUGCCUGUGAGGUCGAUCUGUGUACACGUGGCAUUCAUUUUGAGGUAUGGACACGUGGUAGUAACUUUGGGGUACGUAUACGACGCAGGGAUGACGGUGGCUUGCGUACACGUGGCAGUGACGAUUUGGGUGUAGGUACACUUGCCAGUGAUGUUCCUGUACUGCCACGUGGUGGCAGAUUGGACGUCGACUCACCGAAAGCAAUSGAAAGAGUGGAGCAAACGAUUGGAGGACACGUGGCAGAUCACCAAUCAACAACCAUGCYAACRRCGAUUGGCGGACWYGUGUUCCCRGAUGACGUGGCGGCGAAUAACGUCGCCGCGGRGGGAGAUGCCGUGGCUGAUCAUGAGCCAAAUGAGGUGGUCCCAGAUGAUGUAGCGGCCGAUCACGUGGCGGAUGUUGCCGGCCAUUGCGAGCAUAGRAGCCGUACAAAAGCUCUGCCACGUCGCAGAUGGGGUGACGUUGAGACGAUGGUACUAAUUAGACAGCUAGGGRAGGAGCGAUYUCCCUCGAGUGGAGUKSUGGUCCCAUCGGCWGYUGURCKCUCUACGGAGAUGCUGGCUCCACGUGGCAAGCAAAGAAUGAGCAGAACGAGCACUGMCACGUSGCACAGGGUGGAGCAAGCUAUGCGGGACGAAGGAUACACGCGAACAUGGGCACAGUGCCGAGGACGAUGGAACACGCUUCGUCGAUGGUAUGGACGUGUGGUUAAUCACGAUUCCCAGCUUGAAGGUGGCCGGCGCAGCUACUGGAGCAUGAACCCUCGACUGCAUGACACGUGGCAGCAAGGGAACGACAUCAACCUGGCAGCAGACGUGCGAGGAGGAGAGAACGGAAGAGGUGGACGUGGAGCAGGGGAUCAGAAUGGUGGCGGUGAGCGUUUGCGCUCCCGACGAGGAGGGGGAGAUGGCGAGGUGCAAUGUCACGCGGAGGGAAGAAGUACUCGUUGGAGGGAGACGCCGGAUGAGGAAUUGCCAUCCCGACGUCCCGACCCUGGCCACGUGUCAGGCAGUCGAACCCGGAGAUCAGUGGAUGAUUACAGUUUCAGCUCGGAGUCCUCCUCCAUGGCACACAUGCAUAGUGACACCAGCGAUGGAUUUGUCGUUUUGUACGACUCUGGAGCACACUUGCUACGUGGACAUCAGAACGCUGAGGGUCCACGCGAUCGACACGUGUGCGCAUGUCCCGACCCUGGCCACAUGUCAGGCAGUCGAGUCAGGAGGGCUCUUGAUGAUUGCAGCUACAGCUCCCCCUCCAUGCCAGAUUCUGAUAGCAAUGGCAGCGAUGGAUUUGUCGUUUUGUGUGACCCUGGAGCUCGAUAUCUGCGUGAACGUCAGAACGCUGAGGGAUCAGGUGAUCGACACGUGUCCGCACGUCCUGACCCUGGCCACGUGUCAGGCAGUCGAGUCAGGAGAUGUCUUGAUGAUUACAGCUACAGCUCCCCUCCAUGGCAGAUUCUGAUAGCAAUGGCAGCGAUGGAUUUGUCGUUUUGUGUGACCCUGGAGCUCGAUAUCUGCGUGAACAUCAGAACGCUGAGGGAUCAGGUGAUGGACACGUGUCCGCACGUCCCGACCCUGGCCACGUGUCAGACAGUCGAGUCAGGAGAUGUCUUGAUGAUUACAGCUACAGCUCCCCCUCCACGGCAUAUUCUGAUAGCAAUGGCGGCGAUGGAUUUGUCGUUUUGUGUGACCCUGGAGCUCGAUAUCUGCGUGAACGUCAGAACGCUGAGGGAUCAGGUGAUGGACACGUGUCCGCACGUCCCGACCCUGGCNUCGUUUUGUGUGACCCUGGAGCUCGAUAUCUGCGUGAACGUCAGAACGCUGAGGGAUCAGGUGAUGGACACGUGUCCGCACGUCCCGACCCUGGCCACGUGUCAGGCAGUCGAGUCAGGAGAUGUCUUGAUGAUGACAGCUACAGCUCCCCCUCCACGGCAUAUUCUUAUAGCGAUGGUAGCGAUGGCAGCGAUGGCUUCGUUGUUUUGUGUGACCCUGGAGCUCGAUAUCUGCGUGAACGUCAGAACGCUGAGGGAUCAGGUGAUGGACACGUGUCAUGCACUCGACCCAUGCAGACGCUGCAUAGUCAUGGCAGAGCUGCAGAGGUUGGACUCGGGGAUGGAGACGGUGAGAGCGCUGAACGUCGUGCAAAUCAUCAGACUGCUGGUGAGGGAGCGCUGUCCCGGCGCGGAGGAGGUGAUGGAGAGUUGCAAUGUGAUGUGGAGAGAAGGAGGAACUGGGGGGAGACGAGGGACGAAUACCAAUCCCGAUCCCAACGUCCAGAUCCAUGCCACGUGUCAGGCAGACAAUCCCUCUUCUCCUUCCUCUCCCUCUUCUCCUUCCUCUCCCUCCUCUCCUUCUCCUCCUCCUCCCUCGCCACUCUCUUCUCCUUUUCCAGCGAAGAGACGUCUCUCUUCUCCUUGUCCAGCGAAGAGACGUCGGAUGACCGGUGCCAGUGAAGGUAGGAAGGCGAUGGAGGAAAGUAGUGGUGAUGUGGCAGUAAUGGAGCGGGCAGGUGAGGGAGGCAUCAAGGAGUGCCACAUGUCAGGUCCUCACCAGUUGCUCGUCCAGAAAGAGUGGGACGGUGUUCGUGCUGAAAUGACCGAGAACAUAGCGAUGGGGAGAGAGACGCUUGGAUUGCUCAAGACCGGGAUUGGGCUGCUCGCGGCGAGAUUCAACGGACAUGAGCCAUGCCACAUUGAACUUGUUCCUUUUCCUGCUGAUGAUCAGUAGUGGCCGUCCUGAUCAGCAGUCUUCGUUACGAUCGUCGGCGACGGACUUGCGGAAAACUGUCAUGAUGGCUGUCCGCGUGUGUCAUGACUCGUACGGCGUGCGCUUCAGAC